AUGAAGAUUCAGGAGAACCUUGAGUUCAUUGAUGUACUCAAACGAGCAACGAAGCUACUUUGCGGUAAUAUAAAUCCUCUUCUCUUCCUCUUCCUUUGCACUCUCCCUCUCUUUUGUUUCUUGAUCCUCUUCAAGCUCUCCCUCCAAACCACUAUCUUACUCGCUUCUGAAUACUUCUCUCGAGAAGUCAAGUAUUGGGGUUACUACUACACAGCUCCUCAAGACCAUGCCCUGUUGAAAACCCUGAUCUCGUUACUUCUCCAGACAUUUCUCUUCUACUUGUUUCCUUACAGCCUUUUUGACCUCCUAAACACCACUACCAUAGUCUCAGCAUCUUCAAUCGUCUACACCUGCCAAGAUGAACCGUUAGGGCUCAGUCAGUUGGUUCGGAGAACCGUGGAGAUAUGUCUGAACAGAAUAAGAGGUUGUCUGAUCACAUCUCUUUAUAUCCUCCUCUUGUCAACCUCUGUUUUCUUCGGUUUCUUCUUCGCAGCAACGAACUAUUGGUACAUAAUAUCUCUGAUGGGAACUAUUGACAAACCAUACUACUAUUACAUUAGUAUUGGAGAAGAUGAUGUCAGCUAUACCACACGCAGUAGCUUCGAAGCAGAUGUAAAUCCAAGUGGGAUCUUGUUCGGCUCGGUGAUGGCUAUUUUUCAUGGUGCUAUCUUCAUAGUUUUGCUUGCCAAGUUUAGCAAGUGGAGUGCAGGGUGGAACAUGGGUUUGGUUGUUUCCAUGUUAGAAGAAGGAGAAGAUGGUCAAGGCAUCUAUGGAACAGAUGCUUUGGCUCUGUCUUCUUACUAUGGAAGAGGACACGAGAGGAGUGGUCUCUGGGUGAUGCUUGUGUUCUUGUUAUUCGCUAUUGCGACGAGGAUACCGUGUUUAUGCCUCAAAUGUAGUGAGAGUUCCAGUGGAAAUGGAGUCCUGUACACUAGUUUCUAUGUUGGUUUGAUUUGUCUUGGGAAUAUAAUCAAAUGGGUGGCUUGUGUAUUGUUAUAUCAUGAUUGUAGAACUAGAGUUUUGGAGAAAAAAGGUGAUGUGGAAGCUAAGGCGUUUGCUACAUAAGAGAAGUGGUUUAAAAUCAAACCAAUGAUGGAAUCAGUUGCUUUUGUCUUCUACAUACUUUUGGUCAGAUUGUAUUUGGUUUCCUUGUAGUAC